GCUACCGUUAGCUCAGCUGCUAGUGAGCCAUUGGCUGGUGAGAGCCUGAGCAUCCUUCUAGAAAAAUACCACUGAAAGUAUAAGAUACAGACGGCUCUUAUACAGCUUACAUCAAAUACGAGCGUGAAAAUCUCUUUGAAGACAAAGAGUAUAAAGAUGCCUUCAGCAAUGGUUGGCAACAGUGCUGUCCAGUCUGCUGUUCCAGACCUGGGAAAUGGAAGUCAUUGUGAGACCAUGAAGCAGGUUCUCACUGUUGUGGACAAGAAGGUUCGCAACAUGGAAAAGAAGAAGUCUAAACUGGAUGACUACCAGGCAAAGAAGAACAAGGGAGAAAGUCUGAAUCAGGAUCAGUUGGAGGCUUUGACGAAGUAUCAAGAGAUCAUCAACAACCUCGAGUUUGCUCGAGAAUUGCAGAAAAGCUUUCUUGCAUUGGGCCAAGAGGUUCAAAAGGCAGUUAAGAAGUCUGCAAGAAGGGAACAGUUGCAGCGGGAGGAGAUGGAGCAGCGGAGGCUGAAGACUGUUUUGGAACUUCAGUUUUUAUUGGACCAGUUGGGAGAUGACAGUGUCAGGCAGGACCUCAAACGGCCGGAUGCCACUGGGUCCCCUCUGCUCACUGACGCUGACCUCACAUCACUUGACGAGUUUUACAAACUAGUUGGACCUGACAGGAGCUAUGACGUUAGGUUGACCAGCCAAUAUGAAGAGGCAUCACUGCACUUGUGGGAACUGCUUGAAGGCAGAGACAAGGCUGUGGCAGGGACCACAUACAAGUCACUGAAAGAAACUCUGGACAAAGUGCUGCAGAGUGGUUACUUUGACAGAGCACAGAGUCAUCAGAAUGGGACAUGUGAGGAAGAAGAGGAGUGUGAGGAGCAGACUUUGGUGGCUGAGUCUAAGUCUGGGGUGCAGCCAUCAGAACCUGAAGUAACAGCCGAGCCAGUUCAAGUAGAAACAACAGAGUUCAUAAACAGACAGUUCAUUCCAGAAACUUCAUACAGCAGUCCAAACAAAGACCAAGUAGAGGAGUGGACAGCAGAGGCUCAGAUGGUGAACUCCCUCCAGCACCAGGUACCUGCCCAUGUGGCUGCAGAACCAACCGUUACUGUGAAUCAUGUCGCUCCCACUCCGGUCUGUGACCCAGUGGUAAGAAAGCAGGCUGUGCAGGACCUCAUGGCCCAGAUGCAGGGGACAUACAACUUCAUGCAGGAUUCUGUGCUGGAGUUUGAUGGCCAGGCUCUUGACCCCGCCAUUGUAUCUGCCCAGCCAAUGAAGCCUGUGCAGACUGUAGACCUGCAGCAGAUGGGCUGCCCCCCAACCCUCCCAGAAUCCAGACUUCCACAAACAAGUGCAGUGUCUGGACCACAGGAAUCCUCACAAGCUGCAAUGUCUCUAUCAUCUGAGCCGUCCCCAGCCCCAUGUCCCCUGUCCUCUGCCUUCCCACCUGUCUCCAAACCCUCUCAUACCGGAGGCAUCAAUGUCAACGCAGCACCCUUCCAGUCAGUGCAAGCGGUAUUUAACAUGAACGCACCUGUGCCUCCAACUGGUGAUGGCCAAACAGAUCCUCUGAAGCAGCCCAGCCAGUUCCCUGGAGGCUAUGGACCGGGCUUUAGCAGCCAGUCAGACAGUUCUGUCGAGCAACCAGACAUCCCACAGGAAACAUUACAGUCAGUCGUCGGUGGAUUUCAGCCUCAAGACCAUGUUCUGCCCUCAGCAGGAGGCCAUGAAGAGUCCUCUCCAGGAGCAGGGUUUGGACAGUCGGGACAGUCGUUUUACAACGGCAGGGCUGUGCCCAGAGGGGGACCCAGGAACGCCCGUGGCAUGAUGAAUGGAUACAGGGGCUCGUCCAAUGGAUUUAGAGGGGGAUAUGACUCGUAUCGCCCUCCUUUCUCAAAUGCUCCCAGCAGUGGUUAUGGUCAAACCCAGUUCAACACAUCUCGAGACUAUUCCAACAACACCUACCAACGGGAGGGAUAUCAGCAAAACUACAAACGCGGAGCUGCCCAAGGACCUCGAGGUUUGUCUCGAGGAAACACUCAAGCAAUGCGAUCCUGAAGGAUCCAAAGGACCAUUAAGUCGCGCCACGUCUAACAUUCAGGAUUUUUGAAUGUGUUCUCCCCAGCUCACUUUUUUAAUGUUUUGUUUCUCAUUGGUAAUCUUAUUUUUUUAAAUCCUGGCCUACUUAUCAGAGUCAGCCUGCUUCGGUCUGUCUAGAUCCUCUAAUUGUUUUAACACAAAAUGCUGAACUUCACCACAUGUAGGAUUAUCAGCAAGUCUGUGUGAUAUAAAACAUAUAGAUAUUCCUGUAAACUUGAAAGAUUUCAUUAAUUUAUUUUUUGUACAAAAUAAAUGCAAAAAAUACCCUGCCACUGUCGAUCUGAUUCCAUGAAAAUGAUUUUCUUCUGCCCUGUGCUGUCAGACACUUUCUCCACUUUACAUAAAGGCAUUAAAUGUUCUUUUGUUCUUACCCGUCAUCUCCUUGGCCCCGACCUCUUUGUACGCUGAUGUUAUUGGUUGAGACUGUUUCAAUAAAGUUGUGUUCUACUA